GCCAGCGCAUCGUUAUCAUGGGCACUGUUUGCUUUGCGCGCCGCUGCUGUUUGCUUUUCGCCCUCGCCUGGGCCGGCAGGUUGGCGGGAGGCAGCGGGGGCGCAGAUGUUGACGAGUGCGCGGAAGCCACGGAUGACUGUCACAUCGAUGCCAUCUGUCAGAACACACCCAAAUCCUACAAAUGCAUCUGCAAGCCGGGCUAUAAAGGGGAAGGGAAGCAGUGUGAAGACAUUGAUGAGUGUGAGAAUGACUUCUACAAUGGGGGUUGUGUCCACGAGUGCAUCAACAUCCCAGGCAACUACAGGUGCACGUGCUAUGAUGGGUUCAUGUUGGCCCAUGAUGGCCACAACUGCCUUGAUGUUGACGAGUGUCUGGAUAACAAUGGAGGGUGCCAGCAGAUCUGUGUAAAUACCAUGGGCAGCUAUGAAUGUCAGUGCAAAGAGGGCUUUUUUCUGAGUGAUAACCAGCACACCUGCAUCCAUCGCUCCAUUGAGGGUAUGAACUGUAUGAACAAAGAUCAUGGGUGUGCACACAUCUGCCGGGAGACGCCCAAAGGUGGGGUUGCCUGUGAAUGUAGGCCUGGCUUUGAGCUUGCCAAAAACCAGAAGGACUGCAAAUUAACCUGUAACUAUGGGAAUGGAGGCUGCCAGCACACCUGUGAUGACACAGACACUGGGCCUGUGUGUGGCUGUCACCAGAAGUACGCCCUGCACUCCGACGGCCGAACCUGCAUCGAGAAGGAUGAGGCUGCAAUUGAGAGUUCUGAGUACAAUGCCACGUCAGUAGCUGAUGUGGACAAGCGGGUGAAACGGCGGCUACUUAUGGAAACAUGUGCUGUCAAUAACGGAGGCUGCGAUCGGACGUGCAAGGACACGGCGACAGGGGUCCGGUGCAGUUGCCCAGUUGGAUUUACCCUGCAGCCUGAUGGGAAAACGUGCAAAGAUAUCGAUGAGUGCUUGGUGAACAACGGGGGCUGUGACCAUUUCUGCAGAAACACAGUUGGCAGCUUCGAGUGCAGCUGCCAGAAAGGCUACAAACUGCUCACAGAUGAAAGGACCUGCCAAGAUAUAGAUGAGUGUUCAUUUGAGAGGACCUGUGAUCACACCUGUAUCAACUACCCUGGAAGCUUUGAGUGUCUCUGCCACAAAGGCUACACCCUGUAUGGACUGACACACUGUGGAGAUAUUGAUGAAUGCAGCAUCAGCAAUGGUAGCUGUGACUAUGGGUGUCUUAAUACCAUGGGGAGCUAUGAGUGUGUCUGCCCACCUGGAAAGAAACUGCACUGGAAUAAAAAGGACUGUGUUGAGAUGGUGAAAUGUCUCCCAAAUGCCAAACCAGCUCCCAAGGCUCAGCUGGUGUGUAGUAAGACAGGAGGCAUAGAGAGCUGCUUCCUGUCAUGCCCAUCCAACACUCUUUUUGUUCCAGACUCGGAGAACAGCUACACCCUGAGCUGUGGAGUCCCCGUGCAGCAAGGCAAGGCUCAGCCAAAGCGCAACACCACCCUGCCCAGCUGCCCAGAUUCAUUAGCCCCUCCAAUCAAGCAGAAAGCUCGUUUUAAAAUCAAAGAUGCAAAAUGCCAUUUACGGCCUCGCAGCAAAGAAAAACCAAAAGAUUCUGGGAAGCAGCCUGUUUCAGGAGGCCAAUUCCCUUGCACAGACAACUGCCAGGUGACCUUUGUGAACCUCAAGUGCGAUUCCUCCAAGAAAAAACGCCGAGGCCGCAAGUCCCCGUCCAAAGAAGUGUCCCAUAUCACUGCAGAGUUUGAAGUGGAGAUGAAGUCAGAAGAAGUCUCAGACACCUGUAACAUUGACUGUGUUCGGAAAAGGAUGGAGCAGAAGCUGCAAACUGCAAUCAAAACAUUGAGGAAAUCUAUUAAUAAACAGCAAUUUUACAUUCAGUUUUCUGGGACAGAGUAUGAAGUGGCUCAGAAGCCAGCUAAAGCUACUGAGGGGCACGAGGCUUGCAGUACAGGGCAAGUACUGCAGGAUGGAAAAUGUGUUACCUGCAGCACGGGCACCUUCUAUAGCGGAGAACACAAUGAGUGCGUUCCCUGCUCCCCAGGAACAUACCAGGACACAGAAGGUCAACUUACCUGUGAGCCUUGCCCAAGUAACGAUGGACAGGGAGUAGCAGGAGCCCGGAACGUGUCAGAAUGUGGAGGGCAGUGUUCUCCUGGGCACUACUCCUCAGAUGGUUUUAAACCUUGCACAGUCUGUCCUCUGGGUACCUACCAGCCUGAACCAGGGAGGACCCUCUGCUUUCCAUGUGGCGGUGGGCUUGUGACCAAAUAUGAAGGUGCUGUUUCCUUCCAAGACUGUGAAACCAAAGUUCACUGCUCUCCUGGGCACUACUACAACUCCACCACACACAGAUGCAUCCGAUGCCCUGCGGGGACCUACCAGCCUGAGUUUGGGCAGAACUACUGCAUCACCUGCCCUGGGAACACCAGCACGGAUUUUGAUGGCUCCACUAAUGUUACACACUGCAAAAACCAGCACUGUGGAGGAGAACUUGGGGACUAUACUGGCUACAUUGAAUCACCCAAUUAUCCUGGAGACUACCCAGCUAAUGUCGAAUGCAUUUGGAAUAUAAACCCCCCCCCAAAGAGGAGGAUACUCAUUGUAGUACCUGAGAUAUUCCUCCCAAUCGAAGAUGAAUGUGGUGAUGUUUUAGUAAUGAGGAAAAGUGCUUCUCCUACUUCAAUUACCACAUAUGAAACAUGUCAGACUUAUGAGAGACCUAUUGCAUUUACCUCAAGAUCAAGGAAGCUCUGGAUUCAGUUCAAGUCAAAUGAAGGAAACAGUGGCAAAGGAUUUCAGGUCCCCUAUGUGACUUAUGAUGAGGAUUACCAACAACUAAUAGAAGACAUUGUUCGAGACGGCCGAUUAUAUGCGUCAGAAAAUCAUCAGGAAAUUCUAAAGGACAAGAAACUGAUUAAAGCUCUCUUUGAUGUACUGGCACACCCACAAAACUAUUUCAAGUACACAGCACAAGAGUCAAAAGAAAUGUUCCCAAGAUCAUUUAUAAAGCUGCUGCGAUCCAAAGUGUCCAGAUUUCUACGACCAUACAAGUAGUCCAGUGGUACUCAAUUUUUGGUUACUUUGCAUUCCUGUCAAAUAUCGUCUUUCCUCCAUAGUAGAAACAUUUGCUAACUUGAAGGCUCUUUUUUGCAGUCUUUGUUCUCAGUUGUAUAUGGAAGAACGCCUAUAAUGUUUUAUAAUUGUUAAAAGUCAAUGUUUUGAACGGGAUUUUUACUACCAAAAAAAAAAAAAAGUGCAUCCCUGAGUGCAUCUCGUUGAAGAUCUGAAUUUGUGUCUGCACUAGUGUAUCCUCACUCCCCAUUUGAAAUUUCAUGAUGUAGAAAAUAUUCUUUCGAGCUUUUUAUUUUUCCAUCAACAAUAACUUUUGUCAAAGAAAGGAGGAAUCUAUUCAAAUGUGAUUAAACUACCUGCAGAUAAGUUCUGUUGUAGAGAGAAGUAUGUAGUAUAAAUAAUAUUUGGAUUUUUGAAUUGCACUUGAAGUUUAUAUUUGAAUCUUUAGAAGAAAACAAAAAAAAUCUAAAUUUUGUUAUUUCUCAGUUGUGGCUUGGUGGAUCCUCUGUCCAAGUAGAAAUCAAAAAGGGAAAAAAAGAGAAAAAAAAAAAGAAACAUAUGUAUAAUUUUGUUUUAUGAACUACAUGAGAUUGAGUCCCAUGCCCUAAUGUCCUAAUGUUUUUAUCUGUCCUCUUCUAAACUUCUUCAGAGGUUUGCCACUGUCAAUUAUUUGAUUGAAACAGAUUUAGCUCUGGAUUUCCGUGCACCAGUUGGUCCCUUUAAAGGCAUUUCCAAUAGGAUAUGUGAGAAAUGAACAGCAACCACACUAGCAGUCUUGUUUUUCUUUCCAUUAAGAGAGCAUCUAAUUAAGUACAAUAUAUAAAUAUAUAAAUAUAUACUUCUAUUUGUGGGUACAUUAGUAAUGUUAUCUCUAGUUACUGUAAAUAUUAUUCAUGCUUAAAUCUUUACUCCCACACACCCUAUUUACUCAUAUCUAUAUGUAACUUUGUGUAGAUGAUUAAAUGACUUCUCCAAGUGCUUGUCACUUCUAUUGACACCGAACUGAAGCCUUUGGGAGUUUUAUAAUACUGGAUAAUGGUUUCCUCUGGGACAAUCUCUUUCAAUAUGCAGAGGAGUUGGAGUCUUCAGAGACAGCCUGAACUUAGGGUCUGACAACUCAUUUUUUUCCACUCAUGGCUCUUAGGUCUUUGAUGGGCUUUCUCUUUAAUACCUACAUUAACCCUCAUUUCCAAAUAUAAUUUCUCCAUAAAAAUCCUUUGUUAAAGGCUGUUAAACCUAAACUUUUUGUGAGGAUGUUGUAACUACUUUUAUUUAUUAUUCACCCCGAGUUACGAAAAGGGGACUUUCAAAGAAGACAUUCUUGUCAUUCCUACAAUUCACUGUGUGUCUGGAACAACAACGAGAAAAAAAGUUUCAUGUAUUUUUUCCCUUCUCAGUAAUUAUUUUUAGGGAGAAAAAAAAAUUAAAAAGCAAAAAGUUUUUAGGUACUCAAAUUAUGUGGGAGUGUAUAGCUGAAAAAACUACUUUAGCCAAACAGUGCUUCAAAGUCUGACAGGUUAUUCAGAGUAUUGUCAAGAUUCAUUAGAAUGGGUCAGGAUUGCAGCCAUUCUACUGAAAGAUAUGAAGGAAAAAUAUGAAAAACAUGGAGAAAAUUAACUCCCUCAUUUGGUGAAUUAUUUACAGUGGCCUUUAGAAUUUCAGACUUCAGUGAGCAAACUCUGGAACCUGUUGCUGUACGGUGAGUUUUAGUAAAAUACUUCCUAAAACGUUUUGCUCAGUGACCAACAUGUUUGGACAUAAUCAGAAAAAUGAGUCAGGUUUGAAUGUUUGCGGCUCUACUUAGAAAUGCUCCUGGAUGUGCCAAUUUCUAGUGAAAAAAGUAAUGACAAGUGGUAUAUAAAGUUAAAAAUGCUUCGAAUUCCAUACUAGGUUUACAGUUACAGAAACUGGCAGUCACCAAAUAGAAGGUGAGUUCAGCUCUUCAUUUGUUAGCAUUGGUGUAGGAUGCCUUCAUUGUCACACAAUAGCAGUACAACAACAAGGAAAGUCUUCUUCUAUGGAGAAGUCCUAGGAACAUUUGGGAAUCAAAAACCACACGAGGAGAAAUGCGGCUGCCUUUGAGAAAACCAGCUUUGUGAAAUGCUAGAAUCAGUAGAGCACAGAAUUUGAGCAUUUAAACAUAAUAAAUACAGCCCUGCAUCUGCUCUUAUGGCAUUACACAUUGUAUGCAGGAGAGGUGCAACAACAUGUUUUUGUGUUAUUGCAGGAAGGCUGGACAAGUGCCCAUUUGUGAUUGCCCAAUUCUGUGGCACAAACAGAGCUCCUUGUUUUCCAUUUGCAAAUGCCUUGUGUGCUUAAAAGCUGCACCCGCAGCACUUACCAUUUUAAGCCUCCUCUGCUUUAAACACGGCACUUAUUUCUAUGAGGUGGUGGUGAAUCAUCCCUAAGCAUUCUCACAGGCCACCAAAUCACCUCCUGCCACAGUCCAGGAGCCUGCAACAAUCCAAGGUUGCUAAUCAAGCCCAGAGUCAUGCCUUGAAAGCACUUAAGGCAAGGUCUGUGUGUGUCAUUUGAGUGCAGGGAACACCAGGAUUUGGUGUUCACUUAGGGCAAGGUCUGUGUGUGUCAUUUGAGUGCAGGGAACAUCAGGAUUUGGUGUUCAAUACAUUACCACCUGGGUCCUGCCUGCGAUAGCAAGAUUUAUUCUGCCUGAAGAUUUAGCUCCCUGUAAGUGGAUUUAAAACUGCUGAAGUCUUCGUUCAGCUCCAUCACACAUCAGAUUUUGACCUGAAGACAGAUUUUUCAAAAGGAAUUCAUUUCCUCUUUGUGUCUCCCACACAGAAUAAAGUUAGGACUACUUAAGAGUUAGACUAAUCUUUCCUACACGUCGGCUUCAUUCUAGGGUAAGCUCACUUAAAAGUAAGUAAGCUUCCUUAAAACUAGCUUUAAAAAGCCAGGUUUAGUUUAGUUUUAGACUAGCUUAAAUAAAUACUGGACUGGUCACAACGUUUUCAGAGCCCACAUUCUUGAGUUGUCAGCUGGUUUGGAAAGAGCAGAGCUCAGCUGUGGCCCUCUGUCUGUGAGCAGAACACGAGGAUGACGCCACACAAACAAGAAACAUCCUUUAUGUGUGUUCAGCAUUCAAAAAGGACAGUCAAACCCCACCCCACGGCCCUUUGUAAGCCUGUCCAACAGAUUCAGAUUUCUCAGGUCAGUCUUAACAAUAAACAACCCAGUUUUCAUCCUGCAGAAAACAGGUUGGGAACUUCAGGAGCAGAAAGCAGGGGGAUGGUUGUUCUGCAGGAUCUGCUGACAGGUCUUUGACAGCAAAACCUCCCUGCUCUGUGACAGUUCCCAUGUCUGGGACUCUAAAUACCUGUGGGGCUCUUCAAAAAGAAGCUGGAGUGAAAUCUUCAGCAGCUGAAGCCAAAUUUGUCAGCCACCUCAGGGGUCUCGGUGAUUUUCUGCUGAUGGGAAUGAGUGACACGCGGUUCCCUGGAUCUGUGUCAUGAGUUCACAUCGUUGCAUUUUCUCCUAGUUUAAAACCACUGAUUGACAGGAAUGGUAGUAACUGGAGGAGUUUCUUGUAGACUCUCAAUACUUUGAGACUUUAAUGAAAUAGGUUUCUAGAACGAGAGACUGUUGUAAGCACUUGGGAAAAAAAAAUACUUUUGUCUUCCAUAAGAAUUUAUGGAAGAAGUGAAAUUUCUGUAAGGUACUAUGGGCUUAUUCCUCAGAGUGAGACUUGGCUUCAGAGACAAGUCUCAGGUUUUAUCAGAACAUCUCUCAUCUGAACAGAAACAGACUGGGAAAUAAACAGUGUCAAAAAACUGUUCUCUAAGUAUCUGAAUAUAUACAAUUCCAGUUUGUUGUUUCAUUUAUUUAUUCUGUUUCAUCAUAAAGCUUUUAAUCUAUAAAAUUAAUAUGUAAUAUACAAGAGUAAAAUGUACAGAAGUACCUUUAGAUGUAAUAAUUUAAACCAUCUGUAUUCAGAAAGUGGAGAUAACAAGUUAUACCAACAAUUGCAAUUCAAUUUUAGCUGAACUUCUCAAUAUCUAGAAAAAGAAGUGGCUUUGAUAAUUAAACUUUAUUUUAAUGAUUGUGAAAAUAUCUUUUUUAGAGUUUGUUUUUGUUACUUUUUUUUAAUUAAAAUUAUUUUGUAAAUAUUGUUUUCUAUGUUUUAUAACUUAGAAAGGCCAUUAAUUUGCAUUGAAAGCAGCAGAGACUCAACAUGAUGAUUAUAAAGGUACUUUAGGAGACUGGGGUGGUUAUCCUUCCAGAUUAUAGAUCCUGUUAUUCCUUCAGUCUCACUGGCAUCAUAGGAAGAGUUUUCUGGGGCAAUUUAACGUGUUCAGUUCCACAGAACUGACUAUCAGGUGUCAUUCUGAAGUGUUUACCAUUUUCAUAAUAUAUAAAGAAUAUGCGUUUUAAAGUUAGUGCUACACAAAGCUCAGAAAUAUAAUAAAAGGGAAUUCAAUAGAUGACACCCAAGUGUAGUAAAAAGACAAGGGAAGUUAUCUCUUUGCUCCUACUGGAAGAGAUAAAACCUCAUAUUGGAUCAGCUCAUAGAGCAUUUUUUAGGCAAAAAGCUCAUUAUCAUCAUGUCCAUCACCAGUUUAAGCAGGAAUUUCUGGUAGAAUAGAUUUUGGGGCAAAACACACGGAGUGUAAUAUUAGUUUCUGCCCCAAUUUGCUCCUUGUAAAUCACUGGACAAGGGUGACAUUUUGAACUAAACUGUUGUAGAUGCUGCUGGGACUUCUAAGCUUUAUUACCAAUGUAAAUUGUGUACAAACAGUAUUUCCAUAUGAAAUGUACGAUAAUAGUUUAGAGCAAGGAUAGCGAAUAACUGUACAAAAUUUGAUACUUAGAAAAUAAAAUACAGUGCUGAGCUUUACCAAUAUUUUAACAAUUCUGUCAGAUUUAUAGUAGAAGAUGUUGUUGUAAAUGUACCUUAUAAGAAAAUACAUUUCCUUUUGCCUCUGUAUAUUAAUAGCUUUGAUUUGCUACGUCAGAGCUCAAA